AUGAUAAUGUAUUAUUAUUCCAAGGAUUUUCAACGUCUCUACUUGCUGCCAAUGUUUUGUAAUGCGACGAAUGAUGGGGACUCGCUCUACUCGAUGUUCAUCUACACGAUCACACUCUUCGAGUUCGGCAUCCAUUUCAUUAGUUUGGCUGGCUAUAUACCAUUUAUAAAAAUCGUACAUGAAAGUCGACUUUUUCACCCCAAUUUGCGAAAGUUUAUCGUCUUCUUUGCGCUCCUAUUACAGCUGAAUUUCCCUACCAGAACGAUUUUGCUUUUCUAUGAAUUUGAGGUGGUAUCAGUUACAGGCCGGCUAGCGCAGGAUUGGCUGUUAUUACUGCCCUGCACGUUGCGAUACUUUCUGGCCUGCGUUAGCACGCUAUCGUUUUUUGUCAUUAUCAAUGAAAGGAUUGCGGCCACCUACUUCAUCAAAGACUACGAACAGCACAAGCGCUCCUGGAUUUUUGGGAUUAUCAUGUUUUCGUUUCUGAUUCUUGGAACAACCGUGUGCCCACUGAUUGGAUUUUACGUCUCCGGGGCUCGCCUUAUCGUUUUCCUCUGCUUCUUUCUGGUCCCACUUUCGAUAUUUAUGGUUGGCUGGCAGACUUUGGCGUAUUAUUGCUUAUUAAAACACAACAACAAAUUACUAAAAGAAUUAUCAAGGGAUCUGCGCCCGGGAAAACGGGGCUAUCACCUGAGCAUGCGAUAUCAAGUUUCGGAGAACUUGAGGGCACUGGAGAUGGUAAAGAAAAUCGUCUUCUGUCUAGCGAUAUCUGGAAUUUCCAAUGGUGGCCUCGCCAUUUUUCACUUUAUCAUCUUCGAUGAGCGGUUCCCAUUCAUUGGAUGCUGGAUGGAAGUGGCCACGGCUUUAUAUGUCCUCUUCUUCCUGCUAACCUCGCUCUGGGCCGUAGAUGAGUGGCGCCAGAAAUUUGUCGACAUCAUGUUCCCCAUUUUGGGGCCUGGAAAACGUUCGGAAACGAACUCGUUGAGCGCCCCAUCGACCGAUAUUCAAGCGGAAACAAAUGCCUAUUUUCAGUAUUAUAGCAAUGCGUGG